AUGCAUCUCCACCACGGUUGACCCUGAAACAGGAGUCAUCAGCAGGAAACAGCCACUGGACACACUCAAAAGCUAUCGAAUGUGUGACCCAUCCCAGAAGAACAUCUAUAAGGCAUCUCCCCUGUUUGGACAGAUGUAUAUCGUCAGCAAGACAGGGGUACUCCAGGUUGGAGAUGUGGUGUACAAGACCAGCCACUGAGAUGGAUGGAAGACUAGCUCCUAUAACAUAUGUUCUACAUGUAGUAGUGUGAUGGCAUAGACUUAUUAGAAAGGCACAAAAUAACAAAUAAACAGAAUGCGCUUUUCAUAUUUUUGCAGUUUAAGUCAUUCUUUCUAAGUAGGCUGAAGAUUAUGAGAUUUAUAUGAUCAGAUUAUAUGUGUGGUGGGGGAAAAAAUAGGAAUUUGUUAAAAAAACAAAUGUCAUUUUUAUGAUUGAGAGCAUUUGUAGUUGGUUUUAAUGUGUGUUCUGUAUGAGCUUGAAAAACUCGACGUUUAUCAUGAAAAGGAUAACAACCAAUCAAACAGAGCUAGAGCUGAGAGGGCGUGUCUACCGGGGUGCGUUCAGUUCAUUAAACGUUUUGCUACAUUCA